AUGGAUGCAGCUAUGUUUCAAACUGUUGUAACAGCCGCUGUAACCGCAGCGAUAGCUCAAAUGAGUAACAACGGGUCAGAAGGAGGAAUAAACAGCUUUACAAAUGGCCAAGGACAAGGCCGUUCUGGAGCUGAUAGAAAGACGGUAAAGGCACAAAUUAGGGACACAGUAGGGCAAGAAAGGUACAGAGCCAUAACGGGUGCAUACUACAUAGGUGCAGUUGGAGCUCUUCUGUUGUAUGACAUAACUAAGGGCCAAACCUUUGAUAACAUUCAAAGAUGGUUGCGCGAGUUAAGAGACCACACAGACUCCAACAUUAUGAUAAUGAUGGCCAGAAACAAGUCUGAUCCGAAUCAACUCCGACCAGUGGCUGAACAAGAUGGCCAAUCUCUCACUGAAAAAGAAGGCCUUUCAUUUCUUGAAACAUCAACACUUGAAGCACAUAAUGUUGAGAAAGCAUUUCAAACUAUUUUCACAAAUAUAUAUCAUAUCGUUAGCAAGAAAGCAUUAGCAGCUCAAGAAGCAUCAGGUUGGAGAAAAGCUAACUCAAAAAUAGAAGAAACUGCAUCAGGUGUAGCAACUGGGAUGAUUUUAUCUCUGCGUGAAAGUGUCCAGAUCUGUAAAGAUAAUCUUGCCACAUGCAAGUAUGUAUAA